AUUAUUAUAUUAAAUCAACAUGUCAUCACCAACACUCAGAUUGAAUGAAUCGACGACUGUUGUUGACCGUUUGGUUAAUUUUUUUGUGGAACACGAAGACUUGCGAACAAAAAGUUGGUUCUUAUCUAACGCUCCAGGCCCGCUUUUUAUGAUUUUGGGAGCAUAUUUAUACUUUUGCUUAUAUGCUGGCCCCAGAUAUAUGCGCGAUCGCAAACCUUUCGAACUAAAAAAUACGUUGUUGGUUUACAAUGCAGUACAAGUGGUUUUAAGUUGGGUACUAUUUUAUGAGGGAUAUAAAGGCGGAUGGGGUGGUCACUAUAACUUUAGAUGUCAACCAGUUACCUAUGCCACAGAUACCAUUUCUAUGAGAAUGGCUGGUGCAGUUUGGCUUUAUUAUAUUGCAAAGAUUACUGAACUCUUGGAUACUGUGUUUUUUGUUUUACGUAAAAAAGAUCGUCAAAUUUCAUUUUUGCAUUUAUAUCACCAUACAUUGAUGCCAGUUUGUGCUUUUAUCGGAGUUAAAUAUUUUGCUGGUGGUCAUGGAACGUUGCUUGGAUUUAUUAAUUCCUUCAUUCAUAUUAUCAUGUAUGCAUAUUAUUUGCUCUCUGCUAUGGGACCAAAAGUACAACAAUAUUUAUGGUGGAAAAAAUAUAUUACAAUUUUACAAAUCGUCCAAUUCUUAAUUAUCUUCGUGCACACGUUGCAGAUUCAAUUCCAGCCUAACUGUGCAUUCCCAAAACCUAUCGCUGCUCUACUGACAUUCAACGCAGGACUAUUUACUUAUAUGUUCAGUUCGUUUUAUGUUAGAAAUUACAACAAGGAUAAGAAGCAUGCAGCGGCAUUAAAAGCCUCCAAAAUGGAAUAAACUCAUGUGACAACUAACCCAUUUUCCUUUAUCGAUAAAUACUUUAAACUAGCACUAAUAGAAUUUGGAAUAAGGAUUAAUCAGCAUUAGCUAAAUUAGCAUUUAAGUUAUAAACUAAAUAAUGUAAUUUUAUAUACAUAUACAUAGUUUCAUAUUCAGCCCAAUUAUGAAUAAAAAUUCCCCGGGAGUUUUUCCCCUUUUCUCAUUUUUCCUAUUCAAAUUCAAUGGGAAAAAACUCCCGGGGAACAAACUUCCGCGGAAUUUUUUUAUUCAUAAUUGGGCUGAUUAUAUAUGUAGGUAUACACAGAAAAAAGUUCAUACAUGGAAUUAAUUUCUACAUAAAUUGUAUAAAUUGAACAUUAAAAUAUAUGUACAGUGACCGACAAAUGUCUACAUACGACCAUUAUUUUCGUAACUCGCGGACUUCUAAACCAUAAUAAGUAAAAGUAAUGAUGCAGUUUUAUUUCAAAAAAUAUCGCUAAAUUUAUAAUUAAUUUAAAUCUUAUUCACAAAAAAUUAAAAAAAUAUGUUAACAAAAGUCUACAUACAAUCUGUACACUAAAUAAACAUUUUUCAGCGAAUACAAA